UUGUUCUGUCCUCAGAAAAUCCGAAAGAAAGGAGGGAAAAACCCAAAACCCUAAUAAACUCCGAUUCUUGUCUUUCUCUCGUCUCUGUUCCUCUCUCCUCUUCCAUUUCCAUGGUGGAUUACAACUUCCCCUCAGUUUUUCCCUCUCCUCUCAUUUAGUUCUCCAAUACUUUUACUUUACAAGUUCAACACCGGAGAAGACGGAGCUUUGAGCGGCUUGUCCAUGGCGAGGAUUCUUCACGAAGCUUCUCUUCUCAAACGCGCUUUAUUCGCUGCAGAGGUAUUCAGAGGAGGGAUAGUGGGGAGUUCUUCCCAGCUUUGUUGUUUUUCAUCCAAAGGAAGAAGGAAAUCAAAGUCGGAUGGAAGUGACUCUGGCGAAGAAAACUUGUCAAAGAAAGAGAUAGCCUUGAGGCAAGCACUGGAUCAGAUUACUUCCUCAUUUGGAAAGGGAUCUAUCAUGUGGCUUGGUAGGUCUGAAUCUCCUAAAAAUGUUCCAGUUCUGUCCACAGGUUCUUUUUCUCUGGAUUUAGCACUCGGGGUUGGUGGACUUCCAAAGGGACGUGUUGUGGAGAUAUAUGGCCCAGAAGCUUCUGGAAAAACAACCCUUGCUCUACAUGUAAUAGCCGAAGCACAAAAGCAAGGAGGAACCUGUGUUUUUGUUGAUGCUGAGCAUGCUCUUGAUCCUGCACUUGCUCGGGCUAUUGGUGUAAAUACUCAUAAUCUGCUUCUCUCGCAACCUGAUUGCGGUGAACAAGCUCUCAGCCUUGUGGACACUCUAAUCCGAAGCGGUUCAGUUGACGUUGUUGUUGUUGACAGUGUAAGUAAGGUAGCUGCACUUGUGCCUAAAGGUGAACUUGAUGGUGAGAUGGGUGAUGCUCAUGUGGCAAUGCAGGCUAGACUGAUGAGUCAAGCUCUUCGCAAAUUGAGCCACUCUUUAUCCCAAUCACAGACACUAUUGAUCUUUAUAAAUCAGGUGAGGUCAAAAAUUAGUACUUUCGGAUUUGGUGGGCCCACCGAAGUCACUUGUGGUGGUAAUGCUUUGAAGUUCUAUGCUUCAGUGCGACUAAAUAUAAGAAGAAUAGGACUUGUGAAGAAGGGUGAAGAGACUUUGGGGAGUCAAGUUCAAGUGAAGAUUGUGAAGAACAAGCUUGCUCCUCCAUUUAAAACCGCUAAUUUUGAGCUGGAGUUUGGUAAGGGAAUAUGUCGAGAAUCGGAGAUCAUAGAGUUGGGGCUAAAAUACAAAUUCAUUUCAAAGGCUGGUUCACAUUAUAAUUUAAAUAACCAGAAUUUCCAUGGCAAGGAUGCUCUAAAAAGAUAUCUGUCUGGUAAUGAUAAUGCUCGGGAAGAACUUGCUACCAAGCUUAGGGAGAAAAUACUUGAUAUUGAGACAGAAAAGGAAUCCGAAGCAGAGUCUAUGGGUGAAAGCUCUAACGUGGAAAUUGUUUCCGGUGAUUCUACUGAGGAAGAAACUGUUGCCGCAGUUGAAGCGUAAGUUAGGUGGUAAUUUCAGAAUGUAAAAUUAAAGUUCUCUCUGUAUUCGCUGUUGGUAAAUUGCAUAUAUAGAUCGAAAUAUAGAGGUUUUUGUCUUUCCGGCCCUUUGCUUCUGGUCAAUUUCUUUUGUAAGGUUUCCAAGUUGCCAUGUGAUGUAGGUUUGAUCACGUUUUAUGUACAAGAUUCAUCAUUCGUGUAGUGAA